AUCAACAAGAGCUGAGAACAAUAUCCUUACUUUUUAUGAUCACAACCAGAGGUCACAUCAUCACAAUCAAGGUUGAUCAUUUGGUCCACGAGGUUGAUGCAAAGGAAAGGUGGUUUGUGCAAAGCAUGAUCCACGUGUGUUCCAUGUGUCAACGUUUUCAUGUGGUAUACACCGGUACAUUUUAUAGUAAGUGAUGCCGGCUAAAUUUGAAAACAAUGUCGUCACAUACGAAGGUUGCAAUUACUUUAGAUAUCGUCUACUGCUAUCAACAUUGUCAGGAAAACCCGUGAGAAUCACGAAUAUUAGGGUUGACGAUGAUGACCCAGGACUCAGAGAAUAUGAAGUCAAUUUCGUUCGCCUUUUGGAUAAACUUACAAAUGGAACUAAGAUAGAACUCAAUGAAACUGGGACCAGUAUAUUUCUCAUUCCUGGGCUACUGGUUGGAGGAGAUCUGGAGCAUGAAUGCAAUCUUGACCGAAGUAUUACCUAUUAUUUGGAGGCUGUUAUGAUGUUGGCUCCAUUCUGCAAAAAAGCUGUUACCAUCAAGUUGAGAGGAAUAACGAACGGUGUCCUUGAUCCAUCAGUGGACAGGCUGAAAGCCAGUGGAAUACCGCUCAUGAAACAGUUCAUAUUAGGAGAAAGUGAUGUGGAAUUGAAGAUUUUCAAGCGAGGUGUUGCUCCUUUAGGAGGUGGUGAGGUAUUGUUCAAAUGCCCUGUAAAUCGUUACAUCAAGUCAGUACAGCUCCAGGAUUGUGGAAUGGUUAAACGAGUUAGGGGAGUGGCAUGUUCCAUUCGUGUUUCCCCAGCAAUUGCUAACAGAAUGGUUGAAUCUGCCAAAGGAGUUCUGCUUAAAUUCUUGCCAGACGUUUACAUUCACACGGAUCAGACCCGUGGUGCAUCUAGCGGGAAAUCUCCUGGGUUUGGGCUUAGUUUAGUGGCAGAAACAACUAGUGGUAUAUUCCUGAGUGGUGAAGCUUUUUCUCCCUUGACUGAAAAAGGAUCUUUACCUUGCGUACCAGAAGAUCUUGGCAGAGAGGCUGCGCUUCAUCUAUUAGAUGAAAUAUAUAGGGGAGGGUGUGUGGAUUCUCCUUUUCAGAGUUUGGCGGCAUUAUUUAUGGCUCUUGGCAAGAAAGACGUUUCUAAGAUGACAGUCGGCCCAUUGACACAAGCCAUGACGCAAUUUCUACGGGAUUUGAGAGACUUUUUCGGAAUUGUAUUCAAAUUAGACACGGCAAAGAGUGACGAGUCGACUGAAGACGAACAACUUCUGAUUUCAUUGACCUGCGUUGGUAUUGGAUAUACAAAUAUUAAUCGACGUGUAAUAUAACGUAUUGUCUAAAAUUUAUUAUAUGAGAUUUACGCUGAAAUAGCUAUAAAUAAUUCAGAUUUCACGGAAAAACUUCAUCAGAAAAUAAGACUAAUGUAUGAAGAACUUGUGCACAUUGUAUAUUAAAAUAAAACGAAUUCUUGUAAA